CUCUCUGCCCCCAACACCGUAUCUUCCGUGUAUGUCCAGGCUGUUGCCUCUUUCGGAAUCUGCCCGCUUCCCUCUGCAUUACUGGGUUUGUUGGUCUGGUCAGGAGGGCCUUGGGUCCUGCGGCUGUGGGUGGCCUGCUGCCAAAGGAGGGAGGAGCCCAUGGGGGGCGGGAUUGGCCCUAAAGCCACCUCAUAAAGACUGGACUGCACGAGGCUUUCUGGAGGAGUUCUGGAGGGCUGUUUGUUACGACAGGCAGACCCCACGAGCUCAGCUGGGGCUCUGCGGUGUCAUGCCCUGGAGCCCCCUAGAUGCGCUGAGCUGGGCGCUGGUGCUGCGGCUGCUGGCACUGCUGCGGCCUCCGGGGUUGGGUGAGGCGUGCACCUGUGCUCCUGCGCACCCCCAGCAGCACGUCUGCCACUCAGCUCUAGUAAUUCGGGCCAAAAUUUCCAGUGAGAAGGUAGUUCCUGCCAGUGAAGACCCUACCGAUACUCAAAAACUGAUCCGGUAUGAAAUCAAACAGAUAAAGAUGUUUAAAGGGUUUGAGAAGGCCAAGGAUGUUCAGUAUGUCUACACACCAUUUGACUCUUCUCUCUGUGGUGUCAAACUAGAAACCAACAGCCAGAAGCAAUAUCUUUUGACUGGCCAGAUUCUCAGUGAUGGAAAAGUCUUCAUCCAUCUGUGCAACUACAUUGAACCCUGGGAAGACCUGUCCUGGGUGCAGAGGGAGAGCCUGAAUCAUCACUACCACCAGAACUGUGGCUGCCAAAUCACCACUUGCUACGCGGUGCCCUGUACCAUCUCAGCCCCCAAUGAGUGUCUCUGGACAGACUGGCUGCUGGAACGGAAACUCUAUGGGUACCAGGCCCAGCACUAUGUCUGCAUGAAGCAUGUUGAUGGCAUCUGCACCUGGUACCGGGGCCACCUACACCUCCGGAAGGAAUAUGUUGACAUCAUCCAGCCCUAGUAGGGACCAAUGACCACUUUGGAAGAGUCCUGAAGAUCAAGCCAGGCCUCUGCGGUACUCUGACCAUCACCACCUGCCAUGUUGCUGCCAGACAAUAGGAAGUGACAAAUGGGUGGCCUGGCCAGCAUCAUGGCAGUUGUGUCCACAUCUCCAGCUUACAACUUAUCAAGAGCUGGGGAAAGUAGUAUGACUUAGCUGCCUUGCCCUCAAUCCCUCUCCCAUGUCUCCUAAACCUUGGUAGUCUAGUUUGUACCUAUUACUCAGAGAUUUUAUUCUGUCUUAGUUUUAGAGAAAAUGGUGGUUCCUUUUUUUAAGUAAAGGAGAAAGAAGCUGUGAGUGUUGUAAGACAGUACAACCCUGUGAUGUAUGCUAUGGAAGGAGGUGACUGUCUACUGAGUGGGCUGGUUGGCUGAAAUGAAAAGAAUACACUAAAGCUCCCUAUCUUCCA